AUGAAGAAUCACGGCAAGUCGGCCGAGUGUGUGCUUGAUUUGGAGGCAUUCAACGCGGUGUACGGCCACGAGCUGGUGACGCUGGUGCGGCCGGACGAUGAGUUUGAAGCCGGCGAUCCGCUUGAGGUCAUCGAGCUUGCCGACAGCGGCUUCUUGCUCUCCAUCGGCGGCUUUGACGAGCGGUGGUACGGGUUUGAGGAGAGGAUUGUCUCCGAGACAGCGCUGCAUGCGGCCAUGGAGGCUCUGCUGGCAGACGAGGAGCGGAUGCGUGAGUACGACGCGCUCGAGGCCGAGGAGCGCCGGUACAUGGCCCGCGGCGCCCGCGCCCGCAAUCCGGCGGUCCAAGUCGUGGCACCGCGCCGAUCGACUGCCGCCGCGGCAGCGCGGCGUGAGGCCGAAGCACUGGCCGCAAUCAACGCUGAGGCCGAGGCUGCGGCGUGGGCCACUCCCAAGGUCCGCAAGUACCGCGACAAGCCGCGCAAGUUCAAGGAUCUGCAGGGCACCGUCGAGUCGGAGCGCGAGGCCUCAGCCGACGCCGUUGUCCUCGCCAUCCAGCCGCUCGGUGACCAGCGGAACGAAAAGUUGAUCAAGGUUCCGGGCGCCAAGCUCAACCUGACCCGCCUACUCAAGGCUAUCAACCAAAAGUACAACCUCCGCGGCAAGUCCAAGUUUACCCGCAUCUUUGACGUCGACGGCGCCGAGAUCGUCGACAUUGCUGCCGCCGCUGCCCUCCCUGCCGGUGCCGCCGUCAUUGUCUCACGCGGCAAGGCUCCGAACCUGCCUGCCUGA